GGGCUCGGGGUGAAGCGAAGGGCGUGAUAGGGGUUCCUUGACUUUGUCUAAAUGGAAUGGUGUGUGAAGACUAGGUAUUGUUGAGUUAUAUUGCGAUACGGCACCAUGUAAAGAUUAAUGGGAAGAAGGAUAAGAUACCCAAAGUCAUCUAUAACGAAGAAUCGAAUAUCCAGCAGCUUCACGGAGCAUCAUAUUUUUGAAGUACUAGAAGAAUUGUCGAACGUCUCGCGUGCACGUGGUGCAAGAUGGAUCCAGUCAAUACCAAAACUUACGAGUUACCUGUCGACGUAACCUGGCUAAGUGCGGUUAUCUUCCCUGAUGACUUCAGAAAAACAAUAAACUAAUUAUUUACCUGAAAAGUUACCGGUUGCUCAUCUGGUAUCGGUCGUGCUAUCUCGGAACUAGUUGCCAGCAAAUCAAACCAGCGCUUGAUUGCAACAGCGUGAAACCCUUCAGAUCUGUCUUAUCUCCCUGAUUCCAAUCCCAAUAUCCUCAAACUCGCCCUCGACGUAACUUCCCCUACUUCCGUCAACGAGGCAUUUUUUACCGCGUCAAAGCAUUUCGGCGAAUCCUUUCAUCUCGAUGUUGUCAUCAACAAUGCCGGUUAAUCACUUUCCGGAGACAUAGAAACCGCAACUGAAGAAGAAGCACAUUUAGAAAUCGAUACAUUAUUUUUCGGCAACGCAAGAGUAACAAUGAAAGCCGUUGAAAUUAUGCGCCAGCACAAAGAACAUCGAGGAGGAGUAAUAUACCAAAUUUCUUCACUUGCUGGAUUAUGCUCUUUUCCCGGUAAUGCUUACUACCAUGCCGGUAAAUACGCCGUGGAAGGUUGUACUGAGUCUGUAGCACGAGAAAUGCAUCCCGAUUGGAAUAGCAGGUAUUUAUUUUCCCCAAGGUAAACUUUACCUAACCUCUUCCCAUAAGUCAAUUUCUGUAUAAUCGAGCCCUCAGGUGUUAAAACCAAUUUCGAAAGCCACGGAAAAUCCCACACUUCACCUCAUCCCGCUUAUACCGCUCCUGAUAUGCCCGCUCUAAUGCUUGAAAAAUGGGUAAAUAUGGGCAUCAAAAGCGGUGUUGGUAUGCUUGAGCCUACUGCAAUAGCAGAAACUAUUUACAUGAUAGCUAAUCGUGGAGAGAAAUUGCCGCUUCGACUUCCUUUAGGGCCAACGACGUGGAAAUUUAUUAGACAGAAAUACGAGGGAUUUUUAGGGGAUUUGGAUGCUAUCAAGGAUAUUAGUGCAAUGCGGAAGGAGAUCUGACUUCAUUUGGUGGGUUUCUGGGUGGUUAGGGAAGAUUUCUUAUGGUAAUGGGUCAUGAUGGGUUGGGGAGAUGAGUUGUAGCAAAGAGGGGUUGAGCAUCUUUUCCAUGCCGGGCUUUAUCGCAGAAACAUUGAUCUUCCCGAGGAUUUUAUGAACUUCCUUUUGAUUCGAAACCAAAUUCAUACAAGUGGACCUAACCA